UAGCAUCGUCUAAAUUGAUGCGUGCUAACGUAAACGAGUAAAUUCUAAACGAUUUCGUUGUUACACUCGAAUAGCUGAAGGCUUGGUAUUGUGAAAACAUCAAAUGCUUGAUGCUUUUGUAGGUAGAGGCCGACAUUUGGUAUCUCAGAAUAAUAACAAGAAGUGGAACUCCGGUAAUUGUGGGCUAAAGUGUUGCCAUCAAACAGAAGGCAAAAGAAAUGAAAACGGCUUGGAAUCGGGCAAUUGUAUGGAAGUAUACGACUUUAGUACUUAGCAAACUAGCGACGAGUGUAAACGUAUAACAACGUAGUCGGUGUUGAUUUCGUUUAAUUGUUUUUGGUUGGUCGGUCCGAUACAAAACAGGAAACGGACCUUAUAAAUAAACAACUCAAUUGCAGUGAGCAUAAAAAUUAUUUAAAAUACUAACUAAAUAUUGUUGCAAAGUAAUUAAUUAAUAUACGGUGUGAAUUCGAGCGGACAUUACGCCAACGAUCGUGUGCAUGUUCGUAUGCAGUUCUGCGCCAACCGUUUUGCUCAUCGUCAGUAAGUUUAGCUAACUUCGCGAGUGUUUGACGUUCUGCUGCGUUAAUAUUGCAUUCAAUACAGUAUUUAAUGUUUGCCGUUUGUAAGAAAAUUAAAUAUAAAUGUCAUUUAAUUAAUUGUGCAGUGUUUUUAAUGAAUGUUUGUUAAAUCCUUCGAGAUUUCCAAGCGUGCGCGAAAGCAAAAGUGAAGCAAAACGAAUUUAAUUUAGAAAUGUACGAAUGUCGAUACAAAAAGCGAUACAUGUUUGAAAUUAAUACGAAAAUAAACGAAGCUUGAAAAUAAUUGAAGAAAAAGGCAAACAAACAGUGCAUAUUUUGUUUCAGUGUAACUCGAAGUGUGAAUUUUGUGUAAAAUAAUACCACGUUCGACGUGCAAAAGCGCUGCAAAAUAAAAUAAAAAAGUCAAAGUUAGUGAAAAAAUAAAUAAAAACGACCAGCAAAUAAAUAAUAUAAUUUACAUGAACAACGCAAAAGUUUGAAUAAUUAAAAUUAUUUCAUCGCCUGCUGCUUACUAAGUGUCACUGUGAAAACGAAAUGCCAGCUUGUUGAAAAGCCAGAGCAGCAAAUAAAAAAAUCGUUUUACAAAGUAAAACCAAAUUAAACAAAUGUAAAUUUUUAAAAAGUACCUAAAAUAAAAUAUUUAAGAAAAUACAAACAAGUUCAAAACAGUGUUUUAAAAAAAUUUGUAAAAAUUAUGAGAAGUUUUGAAAAGUGCCGCAGCUAUAUUAAAGCAUAAAAAAUAAACAAGCACUGCGUUGGUCUGCAAGUUUAUACAACGAAAAUAAUCAAAUUUCCACUAAAAAUCCAAAUUUUCACAAAAAACCAAAAUUGCCACAAUAACCGUGUGGUAAACCUCCGAAAAACGUGCCACUCAUGGAAAAAUCAUUUACGCAGUUUAUUGACACGCUCCCACAAUUUUCCGUGUUACAUUUUCCCCACAGUGUUUGUGUGUUGUGUUUGUGCGUGAACGCCUAAAAGCUAUACAAAUAUAUACCUACAUAUUUUCGAUUUCUUUGUUAUUGUGUUGCAUUGUGCAUUUAUUUCGUACAAAUAUAUACAUAUACUUGUGCAGCAAUAUUAAUUUAUUUUCGUCUACGUUUGUUUUGUGCAUAAACUCGAGCAGUGCUUCGUAUUGCCGUCUACAAUUUACCACAGCAGCGUAAAAAUACACCCUUUAUCUCUUACACACAAAAACAUACACCAAAAUAGAUCAAUGAGCUGAAAACCGACAAAUAUCACUAAUAACAACCGCAUACACACUGUAUACAUACAUAACCACACAAAAAAUAUUUUCCCAAGAAGUGAUAAGAACCAGCAAAUCAAUGUCGUUCAAAAGAAAAUAUUAUCGACGUUAAGUGUAGUGAGUUAUUUUAAGUUGUGUACAAUUCUAAAGUCCCUGUCCCCAAAAACAAAAAAAAGUUUAAACGUUGUGCUGUUAAAUUAAGCGUCCAAGAGCAAAUUUAUUAAAAAAAAAUUAACCCUUAAACCAUUUUAUCAGUUAACAAUCUUACGAAACGAUUUUAUAUAAACGAAAAACGAACAAAAAAUCUACCUGCAAGGCAGUAUUUUCCACAAAUGGCCACAAAUUCUACACGCAUAGGGGAUAGCAACAACAGCACUGAAGAGAGUAAAUGUACCCUAUCGAAACACAACGCCGCCACAGCAAUGACGCACGAAGAGCACACAAAUACCGCCGAAACGUUGCAGAGCGAUAGUGCGAACACGCAAGCAGCAGACCAACCGAGUAUUAGCGCUAAUAAUGCUGGAACGGGCAUCCAGCAUGCCGUGGGCCCACAACGGUUGGGUGACGAUGUCUUCGAAAACGCCUUCGAUGAGUCCAUGGAUUGCCUGGAACAGGCCGAAGCGGAUGGUUAUGAAUCGGACUCGGAAAGCGCCAAUGAGUACGACGAUACAGUCAGCGAUUCUGUGACGACUGGAUUGCGUACCAUUGACAGUGAACAUCUGACUUUCUCCAGUGGUUUUGGCAGCUCGAUGUUGUCGAGUUUUCCGCCUACAGGUUCGUACGAUUACAACAGUUGUAGCAGUAGCAGCGACAGCGAAGAAGAAGUAUGCGCAGGCGUGCAACAUGACGAACGGACGGGCAAGUUCCUACCCGUCGAGUCACGUCAUUUAGAUAUCUUCCAUACGCGUCCAUAUUUAUUGCCAUUCGUAGAGCGCCGACGUUUGUCGCAAUGCAAAGAGGAGGAUGAGGAUGAUGGCGAAAAGUCACCACAGCCAACCACAAGUGGCAUGUCGGCGCCGAAGUUUGAGAAGUCGACACUACCCACACCGCCACCACCACCACCAACCACUGACGAGGCAGCGGCAGAAAAGUUUAAGGAGCUGGAACGUUUGCGUCAGCAAUUUAUGCAUAAAAUCGACAGUAUCAACACUAAUAAUGUGGAUGAUAUCAAAACGGUUACAGUGACCGCAGAAAAUUUUUCACCACCCCCACCACCACCAAUACCGCCAACAAUAUUGCCACCAUCGCUUAUUAAUUUGCUGCAGUCGACCAAGAAGAAACCACUGCCGAUGAUUAAGGCUGCCGAACCGCGUAAGGCAAUUAUGCCGGCACCGCAAAUAUCAGCGGCGUCAAACGAAGUCGCCGCGGUGAAUAACCAUAUGCCGCUCGCUAGUUCUACAGGCAGCGUAGUCAGCACAAACCUCAAUGAAUCAUCAACGCUGUUGACAACACAAGCGCAGCCAACCGCGCCAAGUUUCGCCUCAAACACCACCGCAAUAGCCACCAACAAUGCAGCAUUGAAUGUGUCAAAACACGCCGAACCGAAUUUGCCGCAUGCCGAGAGCUCUGAGAUGCUUAUUAUUAAAGGUAAAUUUACCGUAACCAAAGCAAAGGAGACGCCCGAACUACAACAAUUGCGCACUGAGGCCGAUAAGCUGAAACAUUUGAGCUCAAGCGCCAAUGCACAUACCAUCAGCUUUCCCAGCAGUUAUGGUGGUUACACCUCUGUACAGGGACUCUUCUCACAGCGUUACGGUAGUCACAAAUUUCCCACCGCCGUGCCGCACCUUUCCAAGAAAUUUUUCGAUGCCUCGCUGGUUGAAAUCCGUACGCCGGAUGCCAGCAAUACAUCGCUCAAUCAGAUUGGCAACGAAGAGCGUCCGAAGAGUGAACAGAUCUCAAAAAGUACAGUGAACGCCACAUCUGCGCCUGCAUCCACACCCGCAACCAAAAACACAACAACUCUCAUUCACCACCAAAGUUACAAUAAUUGUGAUAAUAGUUUAGUGAAACCACCCGGCAAUCUAGCGCAUUUAGAUGAUGUGUGGAUCAAAAGAUCAGCGGUCAAAACUCCAUCAGCAAGGAGGCAAACGCUAGAUGAGAGUGCAUUAGGGAUUGGGCGCACAACAGCUGCGCCUUCGGAAGAUGAACAAGAUGGACGCUUGCCUGGUUCGCGACCCUCCAGCGCGCCGGCGGAACCCAAUGCCAAAGCAGCACGAAAGGCUUCCAAAAAGAUGGAGAAGGAGGCGCGACGACAGGAAAAGGAAGCCAGUCGUCGCGAGAAGGAGGCGCGCAAGUUGGAGCGCGAAACAGCGCGACGUCAAGAACGCGAGGCGGCUAAAUUGGAGAAGCUCAAUCGCAAUAUGGAGAAAAUAUCGCGUAGUACAGAGCGUGUUGGCUCCUCGACGCGCUCCGGUUCGUUGGAGCGACGUCGCAGCGGCGAAGACUCGCCCGUGCUCAACCAGUCGACCGUGCACGGUAUAGCCAGCCCGAAUCGACGUCCCACCAUCUUCGAUGUGUUUCGACAGCGCGCCAAAUCCGAUGCUAAACGCAAAGAUUCACUGCUCUUGGCCGCUGGCAGUGGCGGUGUUGCCGGUGCGCCCGGCACAGACAACAGCAGCUCGAGUAGCACACACUCUGGCACUGGUGGCGGUGGCGGCAGCGGCGGCAUAAUGAAUCAAAUGAAGGUGGCCAUGCAGAAUUCAGGGCUAAUUGGUCAUCAUCAUCAUGAUAAGCGUCAACAUCCGGCGGUCACGAUAACCGCCGCCGAGGGUGGCAGUGCGAAGAAUAAGUACAAAGAUGGAUCGGCGCAUCCGCAUCAAGGCAGUGAUGCCCAGUACUAUCACACCGUUACAGCGGUACGUCGCUCAGACGCAUCCCGCUCACCUAUGACCAAAGUGAUGGAUUUGUUUAGAAGCCGUUCAAAUUCAGCGGCCACCGAGGCGGACAAACGCAAAGCGCGAGCAGCAGCGCAUCAACAACAGUUAGCCGUGCAAAGUGCUCAUAUGCGUCGGGCCUCAGCCGAUUUGGAGAAACGGCGUGCUUCUUUGGGUGCAGCUAGUCGAGGCUUACGUGGUGAUGGCACAUUAGAUCCUCAACACGCCGCCAUUUUAUUCCGUGAUUCCAGAGGGUUGCCAGUUGCUGAUCCAUUCCUGGAAAAAGUAAACCUCUCCGAUUUUGAAGAAGACGACUCACAAAUUUUCGUGAAAUUCUUCCGGUUCCAUAAGUGCUAUGAUCUAAUACCAACCUCAGCUAAAUUGGUUGUAUUCGAUACACAAUUGCUGGUGAAGAAAGCUUUCUAUGCACUCGUCUAUAAUGGUGUACGUGCAGCACCGCUCUGGGAUUCACAAAAACAACAAUUCGUUGGCAUGUUAACCAUAACCGAUUUUAUAAAGAUUCUACAAAUGUAUUAUAAGUCACCAAAUGCAUCAAUGGAACAAUUGGAGGAGCACAAAUUGGACACAUGGCGAAAUGUGCUGCACAAUCAGGUUAUGCCAUUGGUUAGCAUCAGUCCGGAUGCUUCACUCUACGAUGCCAUUAAAAUUCUCAUACACAAUCGUAUCCAUCGAUUACCAGUCAUUGAUCCAGCGACGGGCAAUGUUUUGUAUAUAUUAACACAUAAACGCAUACUGAGGUUCCUCUUCUUAUAUAUUAACGAAUUACCAAAGCCCUCGUAUAUGCAAAAGACCUUGCGUGAUUUAAGGAUCGGCACAUACGACAACAUUGAGACUGCGGACGAGAACACAAGCAUUAUAAUGGCGUUGAAGAAAUUUGUGGAGCGACGAGUAUCGGCUUUGCCGUUAGUGGACUCCGAAGGGCGGCUUGUUGAUAUUUACGCGAAAUUCGACGUAAUUAACUUGGCCGCCGAGAAGACCUACAACGAUUUAGAUGUCUCGCUGCGCAAAGCAAAUGAACACCGCAACGAAUGGUUCGAAGGUGUGCACAAUUGUCGCUUAGAUGAGACACUCUACACAAUUAUGGAGCGUAUUGUGCGCGCCGAAGUGCAUCGUCUCGUUGUCGUUGAUGAGAAUCAGAAAGUGAUUGGUAUUAUUUCACUAUCCGAUAUACUGUUGUACCUGGUUUUACGUCCAAGUGGCGAAGGUUUAGGCAACUCUGAAAAUUCAUUACGCGCCUCUGAUCCCAUUUUGCGACGCAAAUCGUCCGAUGACGAAGAUGCCGAUACAAAAUCAUCGGGCAGUCGUAGUAUUAUUGAUGAUAUACCCGAGGAGGAGCCAGCAUUGGUGACAACAACAACAACAGCGCCCACAUCGGCGCCACCAACGAACGGUGACGAAAUUAAAAGCGAGUCGAAUGAGGAGCUUGAUGCCUCAACACAACAAAAGCAAAAUGGUGAUAGUAGUAAUACCGCUGAAGUGUCCUUUGCCGCCGAGGCGGAAGAAGAUCCCGUGGACGAUGCCGAUCAGUUAAGUGAUAAUGAUGAUGAUGUCGUGACUGGGCAAUUUGUGGAUCUGAAGAAAUCGCUCGACGCGUCAGCGGAUGAUGACAGAGAAUUGGAAACGGCCGCGUCGGCAGCCUCAGCGCUGGGUGGCAUGCCAACAACGACGGCACGCGAGAUGGCGCUUGUUAGUGAAUAAUUUUUUUUUUAAUUAUACAUUAAUAUAUCAAGCUACAAACAAACAUAUAUUAUAUACAUACAUACAUACAUAUAUUUAAGUAUGCGUUUUUUUAGUCAGCGAAUUACAAACAAACAAUAGAUUUGAUAAACUUGAACGUUGCUAUGAAUGCUUCAAAGCCUUACUAAUAUAAAAGAAAAAGAAAAACAAAAAAAAAAACAUUCGAGGAGAGUGUUUAAAUUUUUUUGAAUGCAUUGGAUUAAUUGUGUGUGCAAACUGCAGUCAACGCUGGGAACGAGUGAGUCGCUGACACUCGGACGAAGAGCGAAGGAUCGUGCAACAAUCUUUGAGGCUCGAAAGGAGCUUCGGAAAGGCUGCGUGUUGACGCUUAGUCACACACAUGCACAUACACACAUUAAACAGUGGCAAGGCAAGUGUAAUAAUCAAGGUUUUUUGAUAGGGCUCAGCGAACCUCUUAUAUUUAUAUGAUGAAGAAAAAUUAGUGUUUUUUUAAACUUAAGUAGAAAUUAUUGCAAAACUACAAAGCAAGCAACAUAAAACAAAACAAACACAAAACUGCUUGUACUAUAAAAAGUCAAUAAAGAGAAUUAUGAUACUUCUAUGAUGCAGAUAACGGUUAAAUUAUUAGUUGCUAUCAGUUGUAAGUAAACAUGCGCCUUAAUUGGACACUAAAGCCAGACAAAAGAAAAUUUGUAACUAACAAAAGCUUCCCACAUUACAAAUACAUACACAUACAAAUAUACAUACUAACACACAUGCAUACAAAUAUACAUACAAACUAGUUUGCAAAACCUACAAACAUAAAUAAAAUCGUAAAAAGCUAAAAAAACAAAAUUACCAACAACCUAUAUAAUAAAAAAAUAACAAACAAAUAAAUAUUGAAAACCAUAUAAUUGCAAACAAUUACCGAAACAAAGAUUUCAUACCAAUUAAAGCAGCAGCUUAACCACCAUACAAAUAAAAUGUAGUUUUAGUAGCGGAAGUGAAAACGAAUGCAAAAGGCGAAAACAAAGUGCAGAGAAAGCGUCCGUACGCUUAUUAUAUAAUGUAAUAUUUGGAAGGAAUGUUAUCUAUGUUUUUAUUACAAUAAAACAAACAAGAAAAAGUAAAAUAAAAAAUAAAACAAAAAUAUGAUGGUACUUUUUAUAUAAAAUAUUACUAUUAAACUAUUAUUAUUAUUAAUAUUAUUAUGUACUGCUAAUUCAAUUAUGAUUACUAUCAUUAUUAUUAUAUAUAAUUAUAAAUUAAUGUAAUUAUGAUUAUUGCUAUUAUAAUUAUAAAGUUCAAUAAAAAGAAAAGAAGUUUUAAAACAUUGAAUUACUGAUCUAUGUAAGCGAAUACUAUUAAUAAUACAUAAUUAAAUGCAAACAAAAACAAAACUCAAAACAAACAAAUAUUGUAUUUGAAUAAAAAUUUGAAAAUAAUAAAAACACGUGGGAAAAUAGUAGAGAACUGUAGUAUUUGCGCGUGGUGCAUAAAACUAAAAGCAACAAAAGGAAACAAAUAAAUGCAUAUAUUUUCUUUGCAAAA